AUGAGCAACGGCAAUCAAUUAACGGACUCGAGCCCAGUUUUCCAGACACCACAACAGUUGUUCGCGGAAGCUCGGUAUAUUACUCAUGUCCGACCGCCAAACAAAGUUCGUCGGUUUCUGAGCAAAGUCAAGGAUGGUGUAACGAAGAAGAUUCCUCGCUGGAUCCUGAACAAUUUGCGCAGCCGCAAGCCUGUUCUCCCGAACGUUGACCACAAAGGCCCCUCGUCAACUCCGAAGAUCAAGCCUGAGGUUCAGAAUGCUCCAUCUGGUGUGAAACAAGACGGUGAUCCCCAAUCGGCACUUCGGGACGCCAAAAAGGCUGUCAAAGGCAUGAAAAUACGUUCAAGGCCUGUAGAAUCCAGGGCAUUUGCCAACCAAAAUGCAUCAGGGGGUCUCGAGGACGCAUGUAGUUUCCAGGACAUGUAUCUUCAACCCCUCAGGACAUUCGACAAUAUUAUCGGAAAGCUCGCGGAUGUACAUCCAUAUGCAAAGAUUGCACUAGGCGUCUUGUCUUGUGCUUCAAAGAUGGUCAUCGCCCAAUCGGAUCGCGACCGAGCAGUCCAUUGUCUUGUCGACAAGUUGGAUCAAGUUUAUAACUUCAUGAUCCAAGACGAGACGCUUGACCACAUUUCAUCAAUGCGUGAUAUCCUUGGACAGAUCUCCCAGCAGACCCUUGAAUGCGCUCGCUUCAUUAGAGAUUAUUCAGAGACCAAGAGCUUCUGGAAGAGACUUGGGAAAGACGUUCUCACCGAAACAAAUAAUGAAAUU